AUGUACAGUGAUCGACGUCGUCCCGAAUUCCUUAAUGGCAUGCAUAGUUUUCUCAAUGUGGCUGAGAAAAACAGGCAGAAUGGAUUUAUUUUUUGUCCAUGUAGAAAAUGCGAGAAUAAGAGGAAUUUCCCUAACUCAAGAACCAUACACACCCACCUGUUGCAAGAAGGCUUCAUGCCAAGUUAUUUUUGUUGGACCAAGCACGGAGAAAGAGGGUUUGUAAUGGAAGACAAUGAAGAAGAAGAGGAUAAUGAUAACUAUCCUAUGUUCGGUGAACACGGUGAUACUGAAAUGGGGGAAGACGAGCCUGAACUUGAGGACAUUGUUGAUGAGUCUGAUGAUGAUCUUCGUCAGGUCAUUCGUGAAGAACAGAUAAACUGCGGAAGUGAAAACGAGAGGUUGAAGUUGGAGCGCAUGUUAGAAGAUCACAAAAAAUUGUUGUACCCAAAUUGCGAAGAUGGCCAGAAAAAGCUGGGCACCACCCUGGAAUUGCUGCAAUGGAAGGCAGAGAAUGGAAUAUCUGACAAGGGAUUUGAAAAGCUGCUGAAAAUAAUGAAGAAGAUGCUUCCAAGAGAUAACGUGCUGCCCUGCAGUACGUACGAAGCAAAGAAGGUUGUCUGCCCUCUAGGAUUGGAAGUGCAUAAGAUACAUGCAUGCAUCAAUGACUGCAUCCUCUACCGCGGUCAGCACGAGAAUUUAAAUGCCUGCCCGGUAUGCGGUGCAUUUCGGUAUAAGAUCAGGCGAGAUGACCCUGGUGAUGUUGAGGGCGACGACCGCCCCAGGAAGAGGGUUCCUGCCAAGGUGAUGUGGCAUGCUCCUAUAAUACCACGGUUGAAACGUUUGUUCCGAAACAAAGAGCAUGCCAAGUUGCUGCGAUGGCACAAAGAAGACCGGAGGGAAGACGAUAUGCUGAGACAACCCGCUGAUGGGUCGCAGUGGAGAAACAUCGACGAUAAGUACGAGGACUUUGCACGUGACCCAAGAAACUUAAGGUUUGGUCUAAGUACAUAUGGCCUGAAUCCGUUCGGGGAGCAGAGCCCGUCGCAACCCGGCAACAACAUUGAUGUGUACCUGAGGCCACUGGUUGAUGAACUUUUAGAUUUAUGGGCUGACGAAGGUGUACGUGUGUGGGACGAGUACAAACAGGAGGAAUUUGACCUACGAGGGUUGCUGUUUGUAACCAUCAAUGAUUGGCCCGCUCUUAGUAACAUCUCAGGACAGUCAAACAAGGGAUACAGCGCAUGCACACACUGUUUAGGCGAGACUGAAAGUAUACAUAUAGGCAAGAAUGUGUACCCGGGGCAUCGUCGAUUUCUUCCAGACAGGCAUCCCGUAAGAAAGAAAGGAAAGCAUUUCAAAGGCGAGGCAGGUACACGGAGGAAGCCAACCCUCCCUAAAGGUACUGAUAUAUAUGACAUGGUCAAAGAUAUAAAAGUAAUCUUUGGUAAGGGUCCUGGCGCACAAUCUGUUCCGAAUGACGCCGACAACCACGUAGCCAUGUGGAAGAAGAAAUCUAUAUUCUGGGAACUACCCUAUUGGAAAUUUCUAGAGGUUCGCUCUGCGAUCGACGUGAUGCACGUGACGAAAAAUAUUUGCAAUUUAAAAGGUCUUGCCAGCUAUGCUCUUACCAAGGAAGAGAAGGACAUCUUUUUCCAAGUCCUGAGCAGUAUCAAGGUCCCGUCUGGCUACUCGUCGAACAUAAAAGGAAUACUAAACCUGGAAGAGAAAAAGUUCCAAAACCUAAAGUCUCAUGACUGCCACGUGAUCAUGACCCAGUUACUUCCGAUUGCAUUGAGGGGGCUUCUGCCAGAAAACGUGCGAGUACCCAUUGUGAAGCUCUGUGCAUUCCUCAACGCAAUUUCUCAGAAGGCAAUCGAUCCAGCAACACUACCAAGUUUACAGAAGGACGUGGUCCAAUGUCUUGUCAGCUUCGAGUUGGUGUUCCCACCAACCUUCUUCAAUAUUAUGACGCACCUCAUAGUUCACCUAGUCCAAGAGAUUUCCGUUCUCGGUCCUGUAUUCUUACACAAUAUGUUCCCCUUUGAGAGGUUCACGGGAGUCUUGAAGAAUUAUGUUAAAAACCGUGCUAGGCCAGAAGGAAGCAUGGUCAAGGGCUAUGGAACAGAGGAGGUCAUUGAGUUUUGUGUUGACUUUAUUCCUGACCUGAACCCGAUCGGUGUUCCUCAGUCGCGCCAUGAGGGGAGACUGCGUGGAAAAGGCACGCUAGGAAAGAAAUCAACAACAUGUAUGGACGAGCAAUCUUUCACUCAAGCACACUACACAGUUCUAGUUAAUUCCAGCUUGGCGGCUCCAUAUAUCCAUGAACACAAGGAUAUUUUACGGCAACCAUCUUCGACUGUAUUGACCUUUAAAGGGUACGAGAUAAAUGGUAACACAUUUUACACGGCAGACCAAGAUAAAAAGAGCAUCAACCAAAACAGUGGCGUCCGGUUUGAUGCAAAAGACGACAAUGGGCAAAGGGUCACAUACUAUGGUUACAUAGAGCAGAUAUGGGAACUUGACUACGGACCUUCCUUUAAGGUCCCUUUGUUCUGGUGCAAAUGGUUCAACCUGUCAGGCGUGAAGGUAGACCCGAAGUACGGAAUGACAACAGUGGAUCAGAAGAAUCUUGGGUACGGCAAUGAUCAAUUCGUCCUAGCCAAUGAUGUGGCUCAAGUUUUCUAUGUGAAGGACAUGUCUAGCAGACCGAGAAAAAGAAAAGAUAAGGAAGCGAAUACAUCAGACGAUGAGCCAAGGCGCCACAUAGUUCUUUCAGGGAAAAGAAACAUCGUGGGAGUCGAGGACAAGACAGACAUGUCAGAAGAUUACAAUAAAUUUGAUGAAAUUCCUCCCUUCAAAGUCAAAGAUGAUCCAAGCAUCCCGUUAAAUGAUGAAGAUAGUCCAUGGUUACGG